AUGGAAAGUAACAAUCAGAAGAGAAUAUUAACAAUACUCAUGUUAGUUCCAGGUUUUCGCCGGGCUAAAACGGCUAGCAAUUCAUUUUCUGUGCGCUCAAGUGAAAAUGUCAUACCGAAAUUAACUAACAAUCUAUCUGUUUCAAAGAGUAAACGGACAAGAUCAUUGCUGAAAUACUGGAAUAGUUUUGAUCCUGAGCAAAUCCAUUACGGUGUACAUCGCUCCCAUUCACAUAGACAACAGCAACGUAUUUUCAGUCCAAUGGCUAGUUUAUGGAAAGCUAUGCAAAAUCAAAGUCAAAUAAUGGUUAUGACUCGUGGUUUAAAAGAGCCUCGUGCUUCAAUUAUUGGCAAUUUAAUUGCUUUCGAUCGUUAUUGGAAUUUAAUUCUAAAGAAUGUGACUGAAUAUUCUGUUCAUCUUCCGAAAUCAGCUUUGAAAGGUAAUGGAAAACCGGGACGAAGUAAAAAGCGAAGGGAACAACGUUUACGAAAGUUUCAACGAAAUAAUAACGCUUUAUUUCAGUUGAAAAAAUGUUCAAAUUUAUGCCAUUCUCCAUCUAAUCAAACUGAUGUUCAGCUGAAAGAUAACCAACCAUUAGAAAUCGGACAAUUAUUUCCUGAUCAGUAUGGCGAUCAUGAUCAAGAUGGGAUUGUGGAAAAAGAAGCACGUGAUGAUGAAAUUAAUAGAUUGAGACCUUUUCGUCUACUUGGUAAAUCCCCCUUAUCUGAUACAAAUGAUCAUGAUGAUCAGUCUGUCAAAAAAUGUGAUCAGAUUGAUAAAAGUGUUUUAGUGAAUAUUCAUAAUCAUUUAGACGAGAAUAAUAAUAAUUGUUUUUAUCAUAAAUCGUCAAAUUGGACAUCAUCUAUGGUUAAUUUGAAUGAACGAAAUAUGUCUGAAUUGUCUGAUAUUUCACUUUGGUAUAGUUUACAAACUCGUCGAAAACAUCCUUUCACUGAAAAACAAGAUAAUCAACAAAAUGAAAAAAUUCACAUUGAUGAUGUUGAUCAUCAUCACGAUGAUGAUGAUGAUGAUGAUGAUGAUGAUGAUGAUGAUGACAACGAACAACAAUUAUUUAUUCGUGGUGCUAAUAUCAUUUUAGUACGAAUUAUUUCUCAGAAUUAAUUACAAAAUUGAACGAAAGAAUUGAAAGAAUUCUCCGUCGUGUUUUUUGUUUGCUUUUCCAUUCAAUCUCAUCCAAUUUUAAUUUUGAGUAAAUGAAUAAAUUUUGUAAAUAUAUAUAUAUAUAUAUAUAUAUAUA